AAUUAAAAUUAGUGGAGGUUGUAUUUGACACCAGAAGAAUUUUCAAGUCCUGUUUGUCACAGUUGAUAUUGCCAUAUUGGAAUGCUAGUUCAUCGAUUUUGAGUAGCUAGCCAUAGCACAAACGACACGUGGCAUCACGUAAAUGCAGUUAUGAUAAAGAAAAGUUGGAUUUAAUUUAAGUAGACAAAUAGAAGGCCCAUGAGGCUUCGAGGCCCUCUCCAACAAGAAGAAGAAUCCUCGUCUCCUGUGCACGCGAAAUAGACGAAGAAGAAGCAGAAGGAAGAGGAAGCUAAAUCGGGAGUGGCGCAUUUUAGCCGUCCGCAUAACCGUCGCUGUCUCUCCUCUUCGACAACAUCGGGGAUUUUAAUCUACAAAGGGACAAAGGACAAAAAAAAAAAUCUAUAACCACCAAAACUAAUCUCUUAUGGGACAAAUGAGUGUAAGUUAUGAUUAUACCCUUAAUGAAAGCUCAACAUCAACCAUUGGAUCUGAUUCUUCACGUUAUAAUCUGAGCCGUCCGAUCUUUAAAGAUGAAAUAUUUACAAUAAUGCCAUUAAUGAAACUUGUCUCUCAGCCGCUGGAUCUUAUGAGUCUGUUUUAAUCUUAGCCAUCAGAUUUUAUCUGGGUCCCACUGAAAAUUUAAUCACUCUUCUUCUUCUACAUUUCUUCUUCAACCAUACCCAACCACGAAAAUUCAUUUCCUUCACCAACCAAACCUCUAUUCUUCAACUCUUCACCCACAAACCUUUACCUCUGUUUCUUAGGGUAGUUUUACAGGUUAUGACACCGUGAAACAUCCCAUUUGCGUCGUCCUUGGUUCUGAAAUCUAUUGGAAGUAUGGAUAGCAAUGGAUCUGUGGUGAUACACUUUGAACAUGGUGUAGACCGACAUAUUUCUACUUUGGUGAUGAAAGGAAGAUAUGAGGAGAUUACUUAUUCCCACUUGGUUGAUAGAAUAGGCAAAAAACUGAAGAUUGAUGUAGAUGCCACCAAGCUUCAACUGAGUUACUUUCCGCUGGUCUUGAAUAAUAAAAAUUCUUGUUAUAUCUUGGAUGAUGAAGAUGUUUUAGGAUAUUUGAUGAUGGUAGAUAAGAAGAACCGACGUUGUGUCUUGCAUGUGGAACUUGCCAAAAUCGUCUCAGAAAAUCAGAGCAACGAGAUGUUUUCUAUGAAUGAGGAAAAUCUGAGUGAUGCCAGAGCUAAUGAUGGCAUGGUUGGAGUUGGAGAGUUGGAAAUUGUUCCUCAUAUUCAAGAGGAUGAGUUUGAGCAUGAGAAAAUCAGUGAAGAGGGUGAUGAAAUGGAUGAUAGGGAGGAGUUGCCGGCUGUUACAGCAGUUGAACCUCCUGUUGUCAAUUCAGAAUGGGAUGAUGGCAUUGAUAUUAGUCUUCAUCAAGAAUUAGCGACUAGAGAAGAAGUGAGGGAUUUAGUGGACAAAGGUGUGCAUUCCAAUUGUUUUGAGGUUGAUAUACAGAAGUCGAAUCCUCGGGUUUACAUACUGAAAUGUCGUGGGGCUGGAUGCAGAUGGUAUUUACGAGCUGCAAAGCUGAAAAACUCUGAUUUUUUCUCUAUCAGAACGUAUAGAAAGAUUCAUACGUGCUCUCGUGGAGAUGCAAGUGUCAUGAAGAAGAAGAAAAGAGGCACGCCAAGCUUGGUCGCAUCAGUGGUGCACUCUGAUUAUCCCGGCAAAUACAAGACUCCGGAUCCAAAGACUCUCAUAGAUUUGGUGCAGAACAAGCUGGGUGUUAAGGUUUCAUAUUCUACGGCUUUGAGAGGGAAAAAUAAAGCUUUGAGUGAUUUACGUGGUAACCCGGAGGAGAGUUUUGCUAGGCUGCCAUCUUACUUGUACAUGUUACAAAGGAUGAAUCCUGAUACCAUUACACGAUUAGAAGUGGAUGAGAAGAACCAGUUUAAGUAUAUGUUCUUUGCGCUCGGAGCUUGCAUCGAAGGGUUCAAGGCGAUGAGGCAAGUGAUAAUAAUGGAUGGAACUCACCUGAAGGGUGUGUACAAAGGAGUGCUUCUCAUUGCCACUGCUCAAGAUCCAGAUCAUCAUCAUUAUCCCCUUGCUUUUGCAGUAGUAGAUGGUGAGAAAAAUGCAAGUUGGGAGUGGUUUUUAACUAUAUUAAAAACUUUGAUACCAGAUGAUCCUCAGCUUGUAUUUUGUACUGAUAGAAACCAAAGCAUCAUCAAGAAAGUACACGAGGUAUACCCAUUGGCGAUCCAUGGAUAUUGCAAUUAUCACUUGUCUAAUAAUGUCAGCGGAGCUUGCAGCAAUGUUAACAAGAAAGGGGUUGCCAAAAAAUUUAGAAGUAUUGCUGGUAUUUACAGUGAGGUGGAGUUCAUCAAAUGCUACAACGAUUUCAGGAAAAUGUAUCCUCAAGCGGCCGAGUAUCUAGAUGACAGUGUUCAUGAGACAAAAUGGGCAAGAUGUAAAUUUCCGGGAGAAAGGUACAACAUAGACACAACCAACACUGUUGAAUCUAUCAAUGGUGUUUUGAAGGAACCAAGGAAAUAUGCGUUGUUGCCAAUGCUUGAUGUGAUCGUGGAAAAGAUAACAGAAUGGUUCAACAAAUACCGUCUAUUAUCUCUACGCGUACCAGAGAGGCAGAUACUAAUCCUACAUGUGCAUGGGAUAUUGCAUCACAUAUAUCCUUCGGCUAAAAAGCUGAAGGUGACCGAGCUAAAUACAUUUGAAGGUCACUACAAUGUGCUUGGCGAUGAUGGUCAUGGUUAUUUGGUUGAUCUGAGCAACAAAACAUGCUAUUGUAGGUGUUUUGAUAUUGAUCGGUAUCCUUGUGUGCAUGCACUUGCUGCCAUCAUGGCGCGUGGAGAAAUGGCUGAACAUUAUUGUUCUAGGUAUUACUGGAUGGAGCAGUGGACUUUGGCAUAUUACAGGACAAUAUAUCCAGUGCCUCAUCAUUCAACAUGGGAAAGUUCUGAAAUUCCUGAGGAAAUCCGAUAUCAGGUUGUCCUCCCUCCGUAUGUGGAGAAAAAAAAAAGGAAGACUACAAGUUACUAGAUUCCCCUCUGCCGGAGAAUAUCGGAGGAAGAGAAAGAAGAAGUUUCCACCAUUGAUUGGUGAAAACGAAGAAAGUGGCAGUGAUGGCAGUGACAGUGAUAGCAGUGGUAGUGACAGCAGUGACAGCAAUGGAAAUGGGAACGAAGAAGGUGACAACGAAGGAAGUGGUAACGAAAAAAAUGAUGAAUGAGUCUCAUUUGUUUGUAGAAUUUAUUUGUGUGUUGUGGAACUUAUUUGUGUUGUAGAAUUAUUUAUGUGUUGUGGAACUUUAUUUAUGCAUUAUGUUUGUGUUGUCUUACUGGUACAACUCGUAAAACUCAAAUAUGUUCGACUGGUAAAUCUAGUACAACUAUGUCUAAUUUACUAAAAUAGGAUCUACUAGUAUAACUAGUACAACUGUGCAGGUUGUAAAAUUUAAAUAUUCUUUUGGGUGUUCCCUAUUAAAAAACCAAUCAAAUAGUCUAAUUUUUAAGUGUUUGGAAAGGUUUCUUUGUGUUUUGUAUUGUGUUCUUUUUUUUUUUUUAGAUUUCUAACUCCAUCACAAAAGUUUGUUUGAUCUACCUUAUACUUUUAAGGUUUGUUAACUUGUUUGUCCACUUAUUUUUUUCAAAACAUACAUGACAAGUAUUUUCACAAUAGUGAUGAUUUCAUUGUAUCCGAGCAAGCAUAUGUAAACAUACAACAGUGGUACAACUAAGGUAAUUGUAUUUUUUAUAUGGUACAACUAAUAUUUUCCGAUUUCACUGCCAAAGUAUAACUAUGUACAAACUGGUACAACUAAUAAACU